AUGGAGGUGCCUAACGUCAAGGACUUCCAGUGGAAGCGCCUGGCGCCGCUGCCCAGCCGCCGGGUCUACUGCUCCCUGCUGGAGACCGGGGGGCAGGUCUAUGCCAUCGGGGGAUGUGACGACAACGGCAUCCCCAUGGACUGCUUUGAGGUCUACUCCCCCGAGGCCGACCAGUGGACCGCCCUGCCCCCCCUGCCCACCGCCCGGGCCGGGGUGGCCGUCACCGCCCUGGGGAAGCGGAUCAUGGUGAUCGGGGGUGUGGGCACCAAUCAGCUGCCCCUGAAGGUCGUGGAGAUGUACAACAUCGAUGAGGGCAAGUGGAAGAAGAGGAGCGUGCUGCGUGAGGCCGCCAUGGGCAUUUCUGUCACGGCCAAAGAUUACCGAGUGUAUGCGGCAGGCGGGAUGGGCCUGGACCUCCGUCCGCACAACCACCUCCAACACUAUGACAUGCUCAAGGACAUGUGGGUGUCACUAGCACCCAUGCCCACCCCGAGAUAUGCUGCCACCUCCUUCCUCCGAGGCUCCAAGAUCUAUGUGCUAGGGGGACGGCAGUCCAAGUAUGCAGUCAACGCCUUUGAGGUUUUUGACAUCGAGACUCGCUCCUGGACCAAGUUCCCCAACAUUCCCUGUAAGCGGGCCUUCUCCAGCUUUGUGACCCUGGAUGACCGCUUGUACAGCCUGGGAGGCCUGAGGCAGGGUCGGCUCUACCGGCAGCCCAAGUUCCUCCGGACGAUGGACGUGUUCGACAUGGAACAAGGGGGAUGGCUGAAGAUGGAACGCUCGUUCUUCCUCAGGAAGCGGCGGGCAGACUUUGUGGCCGGCGCUCUGAGUGGACGGGUCAUAGUGGCCGGAGGACUUGGGAACCAGCCCACUGUCCUGGAGACAGCAGAGGCGCUCCACCCCGGGAGGAACAAGUGGGAGGCCCUCCCCACCAUGCCCACGCCCCGCUGCGCCUGCUCCAGCAUUGUCGUCAAGAACUGCCUCCUGGCUGUGGGGGGCGUCAACCAGGGUCUGAGCGACGCAGUGGAAGCCCUGUGUGUCUCUGACUCCUAGCUCUCAGCACGGCGCCUGUGCCCCGGACCGGAUCAGCCCACUCUCCACAAGAGGAAUGGUCUCGUCAAAGCAGUGUGGGCGACUUCCCAGGAUGCCAGCUCCUGUCAGCAGCUAGUGGGGUCAGGCCCCGGGGUUCUGAGGGACCUCCCUCCGCCUCCAAACCCUACCCAUCCCAGGAAACCAUGUGAAGUCCCAGGGACUCAGCCAGCCUCCAGCUGGAGGCCAGCUGAACUCUGAGGAGAGUGCCCCCUUCCUGCUCAGGCCGAGAAAGACACAGGAGUACUGGCUACCUGCCCUUCCUGUGAGUUCCACCUCCCCCCGUGUCCAGGGUAGGGGGUGGGCAGGGCCGAAGACCGCUGCUAUCACUGUCCUCUCCCCAGCUCUGAACUAGUUUGAGGGUCCCUCGGGAUGGAAAACGGAGAAGGUUCGCAAGGAGUCCCAAACCCCUCGCUUCUCCCUUGGUCUACAUCCCUUCCCCAUUUGGUGGUCAGCCGUGGGCCUGCCCUAGCCCUCGUCCCCUCAGCAAGAAUUGGCCUUGGAGUCAGGUUCACGGGGACUGGUCCAGGUCAGUAGCCUCGGCCAGGAAGGACCCGUGCCUCUCGGGUCCUCGACGGGAACGUGACGAUGGGGAAGCAGCAGACGCCCAGCCCAGGCUCUGCUUCCCGCUCCUCCCCUCGCUCACUUUCUCCUUCCGCCACCCUCCCCUCGCCCUUUUGUCACCCGCGGCCCCAGCGCAUUUCUGGGCAAAACCUUCUCAUGUACACUGUGGCAUCCAAAUCCACGAAGGAUGGAUUAACUGCACUCUGGUUAACAGCAGCAGCACAACAAUUAAAAUCUAUAUUCCUAUUC